UUGCGGGGGUCCUGGGGGAGGGGGGGAGGCCUCCCACGGGGGGCACCCCAGUGUCCCGCCUGCCGGGCUUUCCGCGUCCCCUCCCCGGGCCAGAGCCAUGGCCGCCGACAACAGCAAGCAGUUUUGGAAGAGGAGCGCCAAGCUGCCGGGGAGCAUCCAGCCUGUGUAUGGCGCGCAGCACCCUCCCCUGGACCCUCGGCUCACCAAAAACUUCAUCAAAGAGCGGUCAAAGGUCAACUCAGUUCCUCUGAAGAAUAAAAAGGCCUCCAGUUUUCAUGAGUUUGCCCGGAAUACCAGCGAUGCUUGGGACAUUGGCGAUGAUGAGGAAGAGGACUUUUCCUCACCUUCUUUCCAAACCCUGAACUCAAAAGUUGCUUUGGCAACUGCAGCCCAAGUCCUGGAAAACCACAGCAAGCUGAGGGUGAAACCAGAACGGUCCCAGUCCACGACAUCUGACGUUCCCGCCAGCUACAAGGUUAUAAAGUCCAGCAGUGACGCCCAGCUAUCCAGAAACUCCAGUGAUACAUGCCUGCGGAACCCACUCCACAAGCAACAGUCACUCCCUCUCCGACCCAUCAUCCCCCUCGUGGCCCGGAUCUCAGACCAGAACGCCUCCGGGGCACCUCCGAUGACAGUCCGAGAGAAAACCCGCCUAGAAAAGUUCCGGCAGCUUCUUUCCAGCCACAACACUGACUUAGAUGAGCUGAGGAAGUGUAGCUGGCCAGGGGUUCCCAGGGAGGUUCGACCUGUAACCUGGAGACUCCUGUCGGGCUACCUCCCAGCAAACACCGAGCGGCGGAAGUCAACCCUGCAGCGGAAACGGGAGGAAUACUUUGGCUUCAUUGAGCAGUAUUAUGACUCUCGAAAUGAGGAGCAUCACCAGGACACCUACAGACAGAUUCACAUCGACAUUCCAAGGACAAAUCCACUCAUUCCAUUGUUCCAGCAGCCAUUGGUACAGGAGAUCUUUGAAAGAAUCCUCUUCAUUUGGGCCAUUCGACACCCUGCCAGUGGGUAUGUCCAGGGGAUCAACGACCUGGUCACUCCAUUCUUUGUCGUCUUCCUCUCAGAACACGUGGAAGAGGAUGUGGAGAACUUUGACGUGACCAACUUGUCUCAGGACAUGCUGCGGAGCAUCGAGGCCGACAGCUUUUGGUGCAUGAGCAAACUGCUAGAUGGGAUCCAGGAUAACUACACGUUUGCCCAACCCGGGAUCCAGAAGAAGGUCAAGGCACUGGAAGAGCUCGUGAGCCGGAUCGAUGAGCAGGUCCAUAAUCACUUCCGGAGGUACGAGGUGGAGUACCUGCAGUUCGCCUUCCGCUGGAUGAACAACCUGCUCAUGCGGGAGCUGCCCCUGCGCUGCACCAUCCGCCUGUGGGACACGUACCAGUCUGAACCUGAAGGGUUCUCGCACUUCCAUCUCUACGUGUGUGCGGCCUUCCUGAUCAAGUGGAGGAAGGAGAUCUUAGACGAGGAAGAUUUUCAGGGCCUCCUCAUGCUGCUGCAGAACCUGCCCACAAUACAUUGGGGCAACGAAGAGAUCGGGCUACUGCUGGCCGAGGCAUACAGACUCAAGUACAUGUUUGCCGAUGCCCCCAACCACUACCGCCGAUAGGUGCUGUCUACCCCCCAGGGAGCCAGACUGCCCCCAUCCCUGAUGGCAAUCUGAUCACUGUGGCCACUGUGCGAGCCGUGGACCCCAGCCAGAAGCACUCCUGCUGUACAGAGCUCACCCUCACAGCCCAGGUCUGAACUUUGGACAUCCACCACUCCACGUCUCCGGAUCUGUCUCUUGGACCACUGUCAGUAUUCCGUGCCAUGUGGAUGGGCCCAGCUCUGGGAAAGGACAUAAAAGGAGGUACAGGGUUGUCUGCCCCUUUAAAAGACACUGGACAAAAGAAGGGGAGGCUCAGGGUCUCAAUGCUCACUGUCCCUACAUGCACUGGCUGGCUCUGGCCUCCAGGACCCUACUGAUAACUGUUGGUUUUUUCUUUUCUUUUUAAAAAAAAAAAAAAACCAGAAAAACACAAUUUAUUACAUGCCUACGGCAUGGGAGUAUUAGCUUCUGAUACCGUAGCUUUCUGUGGCUCAGUUAAUUUGAUCUCGGGUCAGAGAUGCCUUAUGUUUUCAGAGUCCUGUCCCUACCCCCUCCCACCAUCCCCACCCCGCCCCCAGCUGCCGAACCCCUCUUUUCCUGCCCUGUCUGAGCCAGCGGGGGGCUGCUUGAGACCUUUGUUCUCAGGUGGUGGAGGCACCACGCUUAAACUCGGGAGAGGCCCAUACCCAAGGGCUGGAAACUUUAUUUUUUCUUUCCUCACCAGGAAUCUGGAUAUGUGCGUGUGUGCGUGCGUGUGGUGUGUAUACAAGCCCAUCAGCAUUUUGUUACACGUCUGAAUUUUUGCGUCCAGACUAGCCCAUCUAAACCACUUGGGAAGAAGGGCCCCAGGGACCAAGGGUACAUGUGUCCCUUGAGAAGCAUCAGGGCAGGGGAGGGAAAAGGGAUGCUUAACCCCCAAACCUUUUUCCAUGAUGACCCCUCCAAGAUAUUAUGUGUAAAUUGUGUUAUUAUGUAUAUGGGCGAAGAUGUACAAAUAUACGUCCUCUUUGUAGCAGAUAUGAUUUUAUAUUUAUAACGUGCAUCAACAUGUGACAGCAGUCGAGGUUCCUAGCACAGAUGAAGUUCUUAGGCAGGUAGGUGGGUGGCUUAAGGGAGAGCCCUGAGGUCAGGGCUGGCGGGUGGCUCUGCAGUUGGAACUGCCCAGCAUCAGUGUCUGUUUUUCCUCCCCUCCCCUUCCUUCCCACCUCUCUUGGGCCUUUUUGCCCUGCCCUCCCUCCUCCUCUGAGGCAGAGCUCCCUUCUCCCCUCCCCUCGCAGCUGCCCGGGAGGAAGGGCACAGGCAGAUGCCUGUGGGCAGGUUCGCAGCACCUGCCCUCCUCCAGCUUCGGAGCGGGACUAAGUCAGCGUUACAUUCAGAUGGGAGCUGGCAGACAAGUCAGUGCCAAGAGAAGGGGGUUCCUGUGUGUCUCCGGGGUUUGGGGUUCGUCCCAGAGAAUGGCAUUAGGUAUCCCUGCGAUCACCAUCACACCCCACACAGCUCAUGAGAUGUGAGACCCACGUUCAAGUCUUGUAUUCGGUAGUACAGAUGUGGGUGACGGGGGCAGGCAGCUGUUGCCCGGGACUCGGUGGCACGCUUAUGUGUGCCUGAGCCGCCCUGCCACAGACCACACCUUGCUGCUGUGACUCAGUGUCUCACCUGGAGCUCCUCUCAGGUGUGCCCCCCCAUCCGUGUGCCUCAGUAGUCUCCUGUGCAGAGCCAGGGCACAUGACCCUCUCUCAGCAGGCUAAUUAAAGAAAGACACUUGUGUUCCCAACUGGUGGUUUUAUUUUUUUAGUCUUUAUGUUUGUGUGGGCAAUUGUGGAUAAAGUGACUGGAUUGUAAAUAAAUAGUGUAUUUCCUCCACCA